CAGAGGGGGGCCAGCAUCUUUAGUAUUCUGGAUGUAAUACGCCUUCAUGCAUGCUCAUAGCGAGCUAGGAAACUGAGCUUCAGGAACUAGAGUUCGCGUACUUAAGUAAUCUAUUGUAGACGUGCUAUGAUUGAGCGUUACUAAAUUCAAUAUUGUGGGAAAACAUCAGGUCGGGUUUAAGUAGUAUGAAUGUGAUAUUGUAAUCGAGUGACAGUGUAGUUCCUUUAAACAUUGACCUGUUUACAGUUUACAGUGUACGUGUACGGCAUAUCAGACCUAUAACUUGACUGCACUGUGGUUCAGGUUUUAUCUCGGAUACUUGGUGGCCUUGUGGAUAGUAGUGUAUUUAUGCAUAGAGGGGGUGUAGAUUGAGAGCAGGCCGACAUGUCCGGAGAUCAUCACACCUCAGGGGAGAGGCACGGCAAACAGGCCGUUGUCCUGGCACUGGAUGGCAGCGAGCAUGCAGACUACGCAUUUGAAUGGUACAUGGAGCACCUGCACAAGUCGCACCAUUACGUUGUCCUUCUGCACGUGCCGGAGAGACACGCCUUCAUGGUCGGACCGCUAGGCGGUACGGCGGACGUGGAGUCAAUCCAGCUUAUGAUGAAGGAGGAGGAAGCGAAGGAGAAGGCCUUCCUGGAGAGACUCGCUCAGAAACUCAAGGACGGCGGGAUUGGGGGUAAGGUAAAGUCUGUGGCGGGGAAACCGGGAGAGGUGAUCGUCUCCGUGGCAGACGAGGAGCACGCCUUGUUUGUCAUUUGCGGGUCACGUGGGAAGGGCACUUUCCGGCGCACGUUCUUGGGUUCCAUCAGCGACUACGUGCUUCACCACUCGCACAUUCCCGUAUUCAUCUGCAAACACAAGGACCUGCACAAGGACCUAGUCCCACCCGGAAGUGGUUCCCCGUCCCUUAAACACAGGCUCUUGAAUUCGCCGCUCUUCCGCAGGAAAAACAAAGACUCGCCUAAAAACUCGCCCAAACUCGAUAGAAAGAAAACUGACUCGGAGUCGACUGAAUAGAUGCGGAUUUUUCCAUAAACUAUUAAUUCAUGUGGAUAUAUGCGGCGACCUGGGAUUUUAUUGAUUGAAUACUGGAGGCAACAUUCAACAUCUACAUCACAUUUUUACACCUAUGUUUUCUGUUUAGUUGAAAUGUUUUUCACAUCAGUGUAUUUAACAAUGUAUCUGUAAAGUGUUUACAGACAUAUGUGCAAUAGCUGUUCUGCUGUCAUUAUGUCGCCUUCUAACAAGUUCAUGAUACAGUGCAUAGUGUACAGUGUAUGUAUGUAAUUGAAUGGAAUUUUAGUAUUUGUAUGAAAGGCUUUACACAUAUAAAAGUUAAAAUAAUGACAGUUUUUACAAAGAGUGUCAAAAAUUCCGAGAUUUUAACUUCUAAUUGUUGGACAGCUGUGUCUGUUCAUAAAUAUGUGGGCUUUUUGGAUAUUAAAGUUAUAUUUUAAGAGAA